CUUCGCAAUAAAACCAAAACAAAUCGUCUCCUCCUCAAGUUUUCGACGACCUUUACCUCUCGUUGUCGAAUAUAAACCAAUUAGCACAUCAAACUCUUAACGCAAAGAUGUCGACGUCGCACGCGACGCUCAGCGCGGCGGCCGACGACCGCAAGGCACGGCUCGCCAAACUCAAGAACCUGAAGCGCAAGCAACCCGCCGACGAGAUCGCGCCACCUGAAUCAGAGCGCUCGGCCUCGCCUCCCGCACCCCUCCCACAAAUCACAGAUAAACCAGAACUAGAGCACAACGAUGACAACGGGUUGGAGAACGACGUGACGCGCCUGCACCUAUCCGGCCGCAACUACGACGCCGAGGCCAAGGGGGCCAAGCUCGGGUUCGAAGCGCCGCCGACAGCGACGAUGGAGGGCCCGACGCUGGAGCAGCAGGCAGCAGUCGCCGAAGCGGAGAUCAGGCGGAAGGCCGCGGAGGACGCGAAGGACGAUAAGGGCAUUGAUUUGUUCAAGCUGCAGCCGAAAAAGCCGAAUUGGGAUCUAAAGCGCGAUCUGGAUAAGAAGCUGGAGGUGCUGAACGUGCGCACGGAUAAUGCUAUCGCGAAGUUGGUCAGGGAGCGGAUUACGAAUGCUCAGGCGAUGGCGGCGGAGAAGAAGAAGAAGACGACGACAGAGAAGCAGGUUGGGAAUGGGGAGGAGAGCGAGGAGACGGCGGGGGUGGAUGGGGUUGCGUUGGUGGAGGGUUUGCGGGUGAGGGAGAGGGAGGAUGAGGAGGAGGAGAGAAGGGAGCGGGAUGAGGAUGAUGCUAUAUAAGAGGCUCUCAUGGU